AUGACGCUUACUGAGGGAACGGCUGUCAAGCGAUACGAACGCCUACUGAGCUCCUACGGCCUGGACAUGUCAUACCAACAGAAGAAGGACGCUCAUAAUUCACCGAAACAAAGCUCGUCCGUAGCUGGACCGAACACUACAGCCGUGGCGGAGAAGACCCUCAAGCAAAACCACAUCAAUUCGUCGGAGAGAGAUGGGACCAAGAAUCCCGGGGAUGAGGUGUGGAGUACAGUGUCGCUCGAGAAGAAGCUAUGUCCGGAGGCAUACACAACCUGGUGGCUAUACAUUCCUGAGAGCCGCGAAAUGGCAUUUGUGGCUUUUCUACUUGAUGGAUCGCGCUCAACGGCUCUUCGUGUACGGCUUUCAGAGUCUUAA